AGCGCGGCUGCACCAGUCAUGCCUCUUGCUUUUUUUAUCUUUUCACCGUGAGCGAAGGUCCUUCACAGUGGGAUCGGGAGCGUGCGUCGGUGUGUGACCCUCCGUGCCUGCGCGCGCACACACUCCGAGCCCCGUCGCCGAGACACAAACACCCUAGCGACCUGCUGGCGCUGCUGCUGCUCCUCCUGCUCGCUCACAGAGACGAACGUCGCCGAACCCCCGGCAGGGGCGCCAUGCCGUCCUUCGACGAGCUCCUGGUCGCUGUGGGGGAGUUCGGACCUUACCAGAAAUUGGUCUGCUUCCUGGGCUGCAUCCCGGGGAUUCUCUUCGCUUUCACCUUCGUGGGGGUCGUGUUCCUGGGAAACACCCCGAAGCACUGGUGCCAGGCCCCCGGAGCGGAGCUGAUCCAGGAUCAGUGUGGCUGGUCAGAGGAGCAGCUGAGGGAGCUCACUGUGCCCCGGUCGGAGCAGGGCUCCUUCAGCAGCUGCCAGCGCUACCAUGUGGACUGGAACAGUUCUGAGAUCAGCUGUGGAGACCCUGCAGGCUGGCGUCCUGCAGCCAACUCCACACCGCUGGCUUCCUGUGAUGCCGGCUGGGUGUUUGAGCGGUCCCACUCCACAAUUGUCACCGAGUUUGAGCUGGUGUGUGAGGAUGAGUGGAAAGCAGACCUAAAUCAGGCCCUUCUGAAUGCUGGCUUCCUAUUGGGCGCCGUAGUGAUAGGAUACGCAGCAGACAAGUAUGGACGAAAACUCUGCUUCCUUAUUUCCAUAUUUGGACUUGGCGUCUCUGGCGUAGGAAUGAUAUUUUCUCCCAAUUACAUAGUCCUGCUGGUGUUCCGCAUUAUCCAAGGAGUUUUUGGGAAGGGAGCAUGGAUGUCUAUCUAUGUGUUGGUGACUGAGAUCGUCACCUCCGACCACAGGAGGCUGGUGGGGAUAGUGACCCAGAUCUUUUUCACUUUGGGAGUCAUCAUUCUGCCUGGAAUCGCUUACUUCAUCCCAGCAUGGAAGGACCUGCAGCUCACCUUGACCGUACCCUGCUUCCUGCUGAUGGUGUAUUAUUGGACCAUUCCGGAAUCACCGCGAUGGCUGUUCACCAUGGGGAGAACGGAGGAAGCCCUGAGGAUCACAGCAGACAUGGCCAGACGGAACGGAAAAACCCUCCCACCAGAAUACACUGAGAUGGAAAUUUUAGAGCCUGGCUCAGAGGUUGCUGAAGCCUAUAACCCAUCUCCGCUGGACGUUUUCAAAACCCCAGAGAUGAGAAAGUACACCCUGAUCCUGAUGUAUUCAUGGUUCACGAGCUCGGUGGUGUAUCAGGGCAUGGUCAUGCGGCUCGGCAUUGUGCAGGGGAACCUGUACCUGGAGUUCUUCAUCUCAGCUGUGGUGGAGCUGCCCUCCGCCCUGAUCUUCUACCUCACGGUGGACCGGCUGGGCCGCAGAAUCCCCUUCUUCCUGUCCAACAUCGUGGGAGGGCUGUCCUGCCUGGCGACCGCUUUCAUACCUAAUGAUAUCCUCUGGCUGAAGACUACCAUCGCUGUCAUCGGAAGACUGGCGGUGACCCUGGGAUAUGAGAUUGUGUACCUGAUCAGCACUGAGGUUUAUCCCACUGCUUUACGGAACAUUGGAGUCUCCAUCACAUCAGCGUUCAGUGAUGUGGGAGGGAUUGUGGCCCCCUUCUUCCUGUUCAGAUUGGUGAGCGUGUGGACAGAGCUCCCAAUGGUGCUCUAUGGGAUCAUGUCUCUGAUGUAUGGAGCCCUGGUCCUUCUGCUGCCGGAGACGAAAGGCAUCGACCUGCCUGAGACCAUGGACGACGUUGUGGCUCUGGGGAGGAUUUCCAAAGACAAAGGUAACAUCACGUCAAAGCCAGACACAGCUGGAAUUGUCUGAGCUAGUAUGAGGAAUCGCAAUGUCAGCGCCACCUAGAGGCAGUGGGGAGUAAUCUCAGCAUCUGAGAGUGGAGUUCCAGACGCCUUCAUCUGAAACUUCUUCAGCUGAUUACCCUGCACUACUGUCAGACUCAUACACCAGGUCACCACAUGAACAGCGCUGCUUUUUUGGUUUUGUUACCUCAACAUUUUGAUGGCAGUAUUUGCAUUCAGGCAGCCAUUUUAUCCGAAGGAACUGUCUGGAAGUUGAAGCAGAACCUCACACAGACAUUUAUCAUGGCCUUCAGCAAAGCAAAGGUUAGAUUAAUGUGAAACAAGGUGAGGUGGAAGCAAAACAAAUUCAGAUUAAUGAAUUGCAGAGCCUGCAUCUUACCAAGAAAGUCUGAAUACACUGUGCCCCAUGGUCUUAUCACUGCAGUGUAUUGAGGAAUGAUUUCACUGUUCAUGUUAAAGAUGACUGUGCCCCUGUUUGAUAGCUGAUUAUUAAUAAUUACAGUAAAUAUAAAUGUAAUUACA